UUUCCAAGUGGCUUUCACGUGUCGAUAAGUUGUGGACUAUUGAAUUAGCGGAUAAUUGUUCCCAAUUGUAGACUUCCCUUUACAAAGCAGCUAAUGCGUGUGCAAUCAAAAUCGCGUUAGGGAUCCGAGGAAUUAAUAUUUAAUGAGAGAUCACUUAAGUUUCGCACAAGAGCUGGACGGCAGCUUUGCGCCGACUGGAAGUUCAUCGUGAUUGGAAAAAGCAAGUAACUCCUGAACAUUUUGUUCAAAACAUGGCUUUGGAGACACAGUCGCGGCCCGCAAUGGGACCGAGACGGUCCACCCUGCCUGUGAUUUCGCAUCCUGCGUCAAGGCUUGACAACAACGAGCUCACUGUCCGAGGCUCUUCACGGCAAAGCCCUAGACACCCUCAUGCGCUUUCGAGGCACGCCACUCUUCCAAGCAUGCCUUUGAGGACGACUGAGAAACCAAGGAAGCACCACAGAGUGAUGUCUUGGCCGCCUGGUGGGGAAUCAAAAGUAGAAGAAUCGGAAGACAGUUUUCAACAAAAUAACAAAGAUGGUUCUGAAGAGGUAAAAGACCUUAUCAAUGAAAAACUGAAGACAGGGUUUCACGCAUUAAGGCAUCUCUUUAAAUCAAAUGACCCUACAGGACAGGGAGUUGUCUCCAGGGAGGCUUUGUACAGAAUCCUGUUGAUACUAUGUGGGCACCUACAACAAGAGCAAUUUCCAAAAGUGUUGAAAAGAUUGGGUCUAGGGCACAAAAAGUCUAUUUCAUUUGAUGAUUUUAUCUCAUGUUUCAAGGACAAUGAGACUGUACAGAGAGAAUGGUUGGCCCCUGCACACCAGAAAGAGAUAAUAACUUUGGGACCUAGAGGCCACACUUCUGUUAAUUUAUUAAGUACCAGUAUUCAUCAAAACAACGAGUUCUCUACAGCAGCACACUGCAUGAUGAUUCUGAGAGAGAAAGCCAAAAUGGGGAAGCUCAAUUUGUCUCGUAUUCUGCCUCCUGCAUGCUUUGAAUCCCGUGGGAUUAUAGUGCCACCACAGCUAAGAGAGGCCAUGGCUGCCCUCGGCAUGAGAUUUUUUGAUGAUGAGUUCAAGAAAUUAUGGGAUAGACUUAAUUUAGAAGGCACUGGUGGGAUCAAACUGUCCAAUUUCAAGAAAGUGAUUGGUGUAGAUGAUGGACCAAAGAUGAGACAAGGUGCUUCUGAUCCUAAAGAGGAGGUGUUAGAUCAGCAGGCAUAUGAGAAAGACAGGGCCAGGAGAAAGGAGACAGCUGAGAGGAAAAUAAAGACUGUCGUCAACAAAAGGAGGGAAACACCAAAACUUGAGAGUGUUGUGGAUUGUCUGCAUUAUCAGUUUGAACAAAACUACACCUCCCUAUUGUUGGGAUGCAGACUGUUUGAUUUCCUUGGUGAUGGUCACAUAGCACGUAUAGACCUGAAGAAAGUUCUGCAUGCAUUUGGCUUUCCUAUAUCUUCCAUUGAGCUAGAAAGCUUCCUGGCCAGGUGUCACGUCCGAACCAUGCAGGGUCAGCUAAACUAUAAUGAACUGCUGUUGAAAUAUAUGAACAAAUCAAAUCAAAGCUUGCUGUCCAGAGUGGUCAAUGAUUCCUUCCAUGUGUUCAGCAGAUCUGCCCUGCCUCCCCUCACUGAGGACAUGACGGCUGAAGACCUGGAAGCCAGAUUGGUUGAGUUCCUACACAAAGACUUCCUGGCAUUGAUAGGGUCCCUCAGGGGAGCAGAUAGGUAUGAGUUGGGUGUUAUUCCACAGUAUGAGUUUAGGGAUGCCAUUCAGAAAGUGCUAAAAAGGACCCUAUCUGAUGGGGAGUGGCAGAAAUUGAUAGCUGAAGUAGGCCAAGAUGCAGAUGGUUUGAUCCCAUACAAUACAUUUCUGGAACAGUUCGCUUGCAGUACCCCAGGUGGUUGGAACCAGAAGACGGUGGGAGGUUUCCUUGAGAGGAAAGUGUCUGAUAUGAGAACUCCUCCUGAAGUACAGCAGCUCAGAGAAGCCAAGGAGAGGGAAGAGGUGGCAGAUAUUAAGAAAGGGUCUACAAGAAAGGAAGAGUUAAAUAAAAAAAUCAAGCAGCUGUUAAAAGAAAAAUUCCAUGCAGUUGACAAGUUGUACAAAAAAAUGGACAGAAGACAGACAGGGAGACUGAGUAAAGAACAGAUGGGGGCCAUCUUGAAGGAAUUCUUGGGAUUUGGACCAGAAGAGGUAGACCUGGUAUGGAAAGAUAUUCCACUAUUUGAGGAUCACCUCACUACAUGGAGUAAAUUCAUGGCACAAUUUGUCAAAGUAAAUGGUCUAGUAAAAUCUCCAGAGAAGUCUGAAAGUAGAACACCUUUACCACCAGUAAGCAAAGCCUCCCAAUUGACUCCUGCUGAGGCAGAAAGGAAGCAAAAAGAGCGUGACAAUAAGCUAGAUACUCUCCUGCCCAGAGAGAAUGCUGCCACUGAGCUACAUUCAGGAGGCAAGGAAGGACUCAUGAAUAAGAUCAAAUCAGAUGUUUUGACCAACUGGGAACACCUGAAGUUCAUCUUUAAAAACUUGGACACAGUUGGCACAGCAUAUGUACCUUGUACUGAAAUGAAGGAAUGUAUGAACACUCUUGGCUUCAACCUGACAGCAGAAGAACUUAAAGAAUUAUGCCAGGAGUAUGAUGUGAACAAAGAUGGACAGUUCCAUUAUCUGAAAUUUCUCCAGGCUUUUGCUGUCAAAUCACCAAAGCCACAAACACCAAAGAAGCAAACAGUGCCGUCAGCAUAUAAAAACAGGAUGUAUAAACUAAGGCAAAAGAAUGGAGAGGAGGAGACACUGACCUUAGUUCCCACACUGCACAGGGUCAGAGAAAAGCUGUUGCUGGAUUGGAAGAGCCUGCGCCGUGCUUUCAAGAAGAAUGAUUUGAACAACAGUGGAUACCUAGAAGUGAUCGAAUUCCGUCGAGUUUUGGAAAGUUGUGGACUCAAUGUCUCUGAAGAAGAUAUAUAUCAUAUCAUGUCAGAGUUUGACAAGAAUUUAGAUGGAAAAAUAUCCUAUGAGGAAUUUCUUAACAGUCUUUUGGAGCCGUAAAUGGUAAACCUAGCUGUCGUUUGCCAUUUAGUAACAUCUGGCAUUUUUACUUAGUACUGGGAUUUUUGCAAGUGGAGAACAGUAACAAUAAUUAACUAUAAUCUAAGUUGUAGCAUGAGACCCUAAUGUUUCAAAAUUCUUUAAAUAGCAGCUUGCCUCCCUGACAACAUAGUAUGGCCACCAUUAUUUACUACAUGUACAUGUAAAUGGAUACAUGUAAAUGUAUCGUAGUACUUUGAAGCUGUGAGUGCACAAGAAGACCUAUUAACAAGCCUGUGUCUCUCAGGCUUGUAGAUAUUUACCAGUACUUUGUGACUGGACUGGUAAAUCAUUCUGAAAGAUUUCUUUUUUUUUUUUUUUUUUUUUGUUCCAUUUUUCUUUUACUAGACCCACUGUGUUAAUAUGAAGAUAAUAUUUGGUUGCUAUCUGUCAGUGAGGAGGUUUCCAAACAUGACUCAGUUUUGCCAGGGUAGGUAGAAUAUGAUCCCUAACGUUUUGAAACUGUACCAGCUGGGACCAAAGUUGCCAACUUAGGCCAACUGUAUCUACAUAAAUUGUUUUAUUGCAUAAUUAUGUUCUAUUAAGGUGUUGUUGUUGCUUCAAUGCCAAUUGCGCUGUGAUAUAUUGCAUAUAUGUUUUAAGCAUACUUUUAUUGUUAACAGUGAGCAAAUCAAAUGUGUAAAUGAAUGCUAUUAUUCAAAAUUUGUCACUUGUUUAUUUGCUUGGAAUCAUAAACAAAUUAUGUAAAAUGUGUGUCUGUGUGUUCAUGUACGUUAUACAUUAUUUUAAUAUUUUGCAUACAUGUAAUUUGUUUGGACCAAAUGAAUGUGAAGUCUACGACUGUGUUCAGAUUCAUACAGCUUGAUCAAUCAACUCUGUGAGAGAUUCUUGCUUAAGUGCAUUCAGUACUAAGUGACUUAAGUGUCUGACAUGCCUCCUCGAGUAACGAGCUAAUUAGUUAAUUACCCCCCCCCCCCAAGCAAGUAGAGGAGGAGUGUUAGGCAUUAAGGGCGAUUACAGUGAUUACACUUUGGGAAAAUCUCCUUGGAUUGAUCCAGCAAGUGUGAUAGGUUUAUCUGAACAAUCUCUACAUUUUACUUUUUUUUACCAUUUUCUUAUUAACAUGUCUUUUGUAAUAUAUUCAGGAUAUUGAAAGGUUGCCUUGAAAAAUAUUAGGUAACUUGCUAUCGAUAUCUUAUAAUUGAUAAAAGUCCAUGUUUAUAUUCCAGAAAAAUGAUUUUUAAAAACACCUAGUUAAUAUUACUGUUGCUAUUAAUUUGUACUAUUGUAUAAUCAAGUGUAUAACAUUUAUCCUAACAAGUCUGUCUGUUUAAUGUCUUAGGGGCAUGAAUAACAAGUAUAAUAAAGUAACUAUUUUUUGCAAAAAUGAGUUGAUCAUCACAAUGAAGAAUAAUCUACUGGUAACAUAUUGAGUAGCCAAUGUAUAUGACCAUUUAAAGAAUACCUCUAUUGGAUUUAGGUCACAACUUGAUCCACUUAAAUUUUGGGCACUGUCAGUGCACUGGCCUAGGUAUGGCAUUAGUACGGCACUAGUAUGGUAUGGCAUUAGUCACAAUGCACCCCUGUCCAAAUUAAAAAAUAAAAAAUAAAAUGCUUGAUAUUUCCCAAACCAAAGAAAUGAUGAGAAAAGUUACUAUUGAAGUCUGGGAAUUUGUGCAUUUUCAUGGGAGAUGGGAGCCAUCACCUGCGUUUGUCAUCUCUGUCGUUCCCAUGCAAUUUCAGUGAUAACAAGAUGAGUGGAAAAUCGUUUUACCUUUGGUCUUCAAACUUACGAAACUCAUGAAUAUUUAUAAAAUACAAGUGGACUUCAAAAAUCAGCUUGAUUAGACCAUUUUUCCAUAAAGUUU